AUGUCUGAUGAUCCGACGACCUUCAACCAAUUCUCGAAGUUGCCGCAGAACCUUGUAAUGACUGCUAUACAGGUCAUGCAAUUUUCGGGACACUUCGUUGAUCUCAAACAGCCAAAAACAUUCCACUGGGACCAAUUCUUGGACGGCAUCAACAACUACAAAGGCAUGUCCAUUAAUUGUGUCACAUUUUUUAGAUUGAGACUCACUCUACUGGUACUAGGCGAUGACCUGACGUUCGACAAAUAUCAGAACAACACGAUCAACCAACAGUCUGCAACCGUGUCCACUAUGGUUGACAAGAUUGUCGAUUUUCUGCGUGUUGUUCUUAGCAUUGCGUUGACCAAGGAGGACAUCGAUGCCUUGACUAAGAACAUUGAUACCACAUUUAGGAACUUGAGGGAGGCAAAGGACCAUGGGUGGGCUGACUUUUCUACCAGUAACUCAUCCUCCAACUCGUCUUGGGAGUACCGAGUGCUUUUCGCGUUCCCCAAUCCCGAUCUCCCGGAUUUCUUCUACAGUCUUGUGACCACAAUCAAACUCGAGGCGGAUAUCAAGGAGGAAAGUUCUUGGUGGGGCCUGCAGCACAGUGAUCGGAGGAAUUUUGCGGCCACUAUUGAUGCAAUGGAGCUUGUCGUUUUAAGGGGCUUCAAGAAUCCGCUCAAGGCAUGA